AUGGUGGAUCAAAUGGAUGGGCGGCUGUUGGAUGAUGCCUCGCCUCAAUUCAAGCCACCGCUGCGGAAUCUGCGCUCGCUGGCAGCGGAUGGCGCGUACUUUCCGCAGGCAUAUUCAUCCUCUCCUCAAUGUGUGCCUGCCAGAUCUUCAAUGUUGGCCGGGCGAUACCCAUCCCAAAUCAAGGUUUGGGACAACUUCGUGGGCAUCGCAGGCGUGAAUGGUAGCUCGGACGAUGUUGACUCGCACUGUGUAAUGGCAUUCUCGGAGGAGACCUGCCGGAAGUUUGCCAGGAAGCAGAGGGUGAAGGGCACCUUCAUCGAUGCCUUGGCCGCGUCAGGCUACAACGUCACCCUCUGGGGAAAGAUGCACGCGGGCGCAGGGCUGCACCGCUACCCUGGGCAGAUCGAUGCCUGGCCCUUCCAUGGGAAGCGCAGCCCGAAAGCUGCCAUGGAGUGGUCCCGAGCCCUGGGACUCUCGCCCAGCCAAUAUGUACCUGCCCUGACCACGCGUGAUGACGUGCCCCGGCCAGCCGCGGAUCCCCUGGAUUAUUUGACAACACAGAACUGUGCAGAGCUCCUUGACUCUGGGCUCUUCGACUCCGCCGUGCCGCAGUUUCUCUACUGCUCGAUCCUGGUUCCUCAUCCGCCCUACUGGACCAACUCCACAUAUCUGGCAGAAGUGCCUGGAUUGGGGAGGCACAGCUUGCCCCACUGGCAGCCAAAGGCGAAGGUGCAUCCCGCGGACGAGUACAUGUCCAAGGGCAAGGAUCUCUGGCGCAUGGAUGAAGCAUCACCCUUGAAGGUGCACCACUUGCGGAAGGUCUACUUCUCGAUGUGCAUCGAGGCAGACCAGCUCCUGGGACGCAUCCUCGAUGCCUUCCGACGCAGGAGCAGCUUCGAUGACGCCUACGUCAUCAUGCUCGGAGACCACGGGGAGCACGCAACUGAGAACCGCAUGCUUGGCAAGAACUCCUUCUUCGAAGCGGCCGCACGGGUGCCUCUCAUGAUCGCCGGGCCAGGCAUUGCACGAGGCCAGGUCCUUCCAGACCUGACCUCGCUCUACGACAUCUAUCCAACUGUUUUGGACAUGGCGGGGGUCUUGCCGACCGUCGAACCAGUGGGAGAGUCACUCCUUCCAUUGGCCACCAACAACCAGAAGAAGCAGAGAGACUAUGUGGUGGCCGAAUACCAUUCUGUCUACUCCGCCACGGGCACCUUCAUGGUCCGUCAGGGGCACCUGAAGCUGCUGGCGUACGCGCCGCUGCUGCCCGGGAUGCCCCCAUGGGCCCCCCAGCUGUUUGACCUGCAAGCGGACCCUUGGGAGCGCGACAACAUUGCUUGGAGGUCCCCGUCAGACGUGCAGAGGCUGAUGGCGCUCCUUCACCAGGAGCUGGACAUGGAAGCGGCGGAUGCGGCCAAGAAAGCCUUUGACAAAGAGAUGUUCCUCUACUUUUGGUACUAUGCCACAGGCGGGGCACAGCAUUGCUUCCAAGCGAUGCAGAAAAUCUAUGCGUCCUUCUCGGCCGCCGAUGCCGAAAGGCUGGGGGCAUGGCUUGGGAAGCCCUGCCCUGUCACUGAGAUGCUGGUCUAA